AUGUCACAACCCAUCUCCGCGACUGCCUCUGGUAAUAUCUCUGACUUACUGAAACAACUUCCUAUAAAGCAAAAUAUCAAUUCGCAGGCACAAAGUGUUAUUCCUCCUGAGAUACGUACCACCAUCGAAACUACCCAAUUAGAACCAAGCCCUAUCAAUCAAGAAUAUAUCGCUAUACGAGACGUAGAUAUACAAAUUCAUAAUCUCCCUCUAGAAACAAUAUUAAUAGGAUCCGAUGAAAUUACCACUGAGAUUAUAGUAGACUUGCUUAAUACGGCAAUGAAAACUAGACAAAAAGAAAAUUUAUGCUGGUAUUGUUACACUAAAGCAUAUGAAAAUCGAGUCAUAUAUAUUAAAUCCACGAAUAACAUCGAUGACCAAUCAGCUAGAACACUGGUAUAUAAUGAAAUCAGAUUGCUUCUUCCCGGUAUCUCUGAUGUAAAUUUGCGUAAGAGAACUUUCAAAGCUAAAAAAGUUUAUACAUUGUUCGAAGGGAUAGGAAUAGAUAUGAUUAGGCAAAUAACUUACAGUGCAAAUGCUAUUUCAAGCCUAACGGAUAUUCAAAUCCAAAAUAUUAUAAAUCGUUUCCGUGAAAAGACCACUAGCAUAAAUGAUACGAUUAAUUGCCAAGAAGUGAUCGGCGUUCCGAAAAAGAACGCGCAUAUGUCAGAUCUAUCUAGCUCAAACGAUUCAUCAACAGAGUUGGCACAAUCAAAAUUACCAGAAAUCAAG